GCGGUGCAGGACACCAGUAGUGACAGCAGGACCCGGUACCCGACACACACACAGCACCCCGGGGUCACAGCACUGCACACCCUCAGCAGCGCCCCCACCAGGCCAGGCUCUAGCUGCCGGGGAAGAAGCGCUCGCUGUCACACACUCACCUGAGUCCACAUGGCUCUGCUCAGGCGCUCGCUGCUGUUCGCGGGUCUCCUGCUGGUGCUAGUGCCGACGCUUCCCGCAGAACUGCGGGGACGGCGGAGCCCGGUGACCGCCUCGGAGUAUGGGGUGAAGCUGUGCGGCCGCGAGUUCAUCCGCGCUGUCAUCUUCACGUGCGGGGGUUCCCGGUGGAAGCGGCUGUCCCCGGAGCAGCAGGAGGAGCCCCAGCUGCAGCAGCAGGAGCGGAGGAGCCCGGGAUACCCGGGGAGAACGGCAGAUGGUUUGCAGGAUUCCCCAAAUAAAGAACUAAAUCAGCUGAAGUUACAGGCACUCAUGGAAUCUCACCUGGAACAGCUACAAAAAUCAGAUAUUCCAAUAAGACAGCAGAAUUAUUUUAAUUCCUAUGAUGAUGAUUACAACAAUUAUGUACCAAUAUCUGAAAGUUUCAAUGAAUAUGUACGGCAAGUGGAGGAUACAACCCAAAAGGCUCAGAGUGCAUCAGAAAAUAUGGCUGCUGUAGGUUCAGAUGGGUUUCCUUGGAUCAAAUUGUCUAGAAGACGAAGGGAAAUGUCUUUUGGAGUUGCAGGCAUUUGUUGCAAAUGGGGCUGCACAAAAUCGGAAAUCAGCACAUUGUGUUAAGAUGUAAAUACGUAUAUAUUUACUUAGAUCUUGUGUAGAGUCUACACAGACUUACUGUUAAUGUGAGUAUUUCACAUUCAUUGACUAUACACAAUAUUUGGUUGAUUGCUAUUUGUACAUUCACCAAAGGCCUUUUUGUGGCUUUUAUAUGUUAAUGUGGUUAUUACGAUUUUUGUCAAUAAAUUUUUUCUCUUUUGCUGUGGACAUUACUUGAUCAUUUGGAAUGUCAAAACAUUAGGGGGCUAAUUCAAACCUGAUCAUUGCUGUGCGUUUUCGCUCAGCGGGCGAUCAGGUCUGAACUGCGCAUGUGCAGGUGCCGCAGUGCGCCGGCGCAUACCAGAGAAGCUAUCAGCAUCUCGGCCCAGCGAUCUCCUCUGCCUGAUUGACAGGCAGAGGUGUUCACUGGGUGGGAGGAGGCAGGCCUGUGGCGUUGUGCCGCCGUUUUGGGGAUGUGGUCCGGGCAACUCAGGCGUGCCUGGACCGUGCGUGGGGUGGGCCAUGGCGGCUGCAUGAUGUCACACACAGCUGCUGUGACCCAGACAGUGACAGCUAGCUCCCUGCCAGUGCGCAGGAGCUGCGCUGUUAGGGUGCUACUUUUCAGGUACAAAAGCAUCGCAUGGUGGUGGGGGGAGGGCCAGACAUGUGGGGCGGACUAGCCCUGUGCUGGGCGUUCUCCCGCAUAUCAGGGUGGCUGAUCGUAGCCAUGCAAAAUUUUGCACGGGUACGAUCAGGUCUGAAUUAGGCCCUAGAUGUGUAAGAUUAGAUGUAUUUGGAAUAUGAAAGAAUAAAAGUUUAAUAUGAUGGCUGUGCAAUGACCCCAUAAUAUACAUAUCAUUGCAUUUGUACAUACAGUACAGGAGCAGAGAGAAUUAUAGGGUAGCUGAUAACAUAGUGAUUACUGAUAGGGUUGAGUACAAAAUCCCAAUAGUCAGAAGACUGACAUCCCGGGAAGUAUUUUACCCUACCCCUAACCCUACCAACCCCUAGUGCCUAACUCUAACCCUUCCCCUAGUGCUUAACCCCAACCCCAGUACUUUCUUCCGGGAUCUGUCGGGUUUCAGACUGUCGGUAUUUUGACAGCAUCCCAUAUUGAUAAUAUAAGAUUUGGGAGAUUGUAUUUAUUGAUAAAGCACUUAAAGCUGAUGUUUAUGCAGUUGAGUUUUUGUUUGCUAUUGCGCAUGUACGGACAAAACCUCCACGAUGCAUGCCUUACACAUAGUGUCCGCACAAAGGUGCUUUUGCGAUUGAUUUGGAUCGUAUUGUAAUAUUGAUUGCUAUUACUGAGCAGUGACUGGGAGGUGGCUAGAAGUGCACACCAAAACUGUCCAUCACACAGGCAUGUAAUGGGAGUGUCUCGGGAUUGUCAAUGCAAGUGGCUGUAAUUCUCAUAUGCACAGCCAUAGGAGGCAGACUCAGAUGGAGAAACUGCACAUGGCGCAAUCGAUGAUGCACCAAUGGUGGUGCUCGAAGAAACACCAACUUUAUUACAACAUGCAGAGAUGCUAAAAGGGGGCUUCUCAGUCCUUGCACAGCGUUACGCAAGCCUGUACACAGGGGAAGUGAGAUACUAGCAUUUGCAUAUACAGUGCUCACAACCAAAGCAAGAGCGAAUGCAGCUAUGUCUAUCUCCGAAUCAGGACCUUAGGCCAUAAAGUGGACUGAAAGCAUUGACUUGCAUAUUCAUAUUCUUAGUUGCAUGGGGGGUUAAGAUAUAUUUGAUUAAAAUUUUACUUUUAAUGAAUCAAUUUUUUUCACAAAAAAAUAAUUGUUGAAGUAGACUACAUUUAUUGUAUUAUUCUUUGUAUAACUGUAAUUUAUUACCAAGUUCCAAAUCUUUAAAAUCUGGGCCAGGAUGUACUGAAGUCCGAGUCUGGUGGCCAUGUGGGAUGCUGGCCAAACUCGGGAUGUUUUUUUACAGGGGCAAUCAUGUACAAGGCUAAAACAUGUACAUGAUUGCCCCUUUCAAAAAGCGUCAAAAUUCGGUGCAUCCCACACGGCCACUGAACUCGGACUUUAUUACAUCCCUCACCUGGUGUGAGUUUUGGCACACGAAUAGAACUGUGAAACCAUCAGAUAUAUAUAUUUUAUGCAUUUGCAUCUGUUAAAAU